AUGGCUACAGUUGAAAAGGUUUCGAUUCUAGGAUCUGAAACCAUUCACGUUGGUUAUGGUAUUCAGGAACAUAUAGUUGAAGAGAUUCUCAAGACUCAAAACUCAUCAACUUAUGUUAUCAUUACUGAUGCUAAUAUGGCUAAGACUACUCCAUAUAUUAAAUUAAAAUCAAAAUUCGAACAAGAAUUAAAUGCAAAGAAGCCUGAUUCAAGAUUAUUAUCUUAUAUUGUACCACCUGGCGAGGAUAACAAGAAUCGUGAAACCAAAGCUGCUGUUGAAGAUUAUUUAUUACAAAAAGGUUGUACUAGAGAUACGGUGAUUUUAGCUGUUGGUGGUGGGGUUAUUGGUGAUAUGAUUGGUUUCGUUGCGGCCACUUUUAUGAGAGGUGUUAGAUUCAUUCAAAUUCCUACUAGUUUAUUAGCAAUGGUUGACUCCUCAAUUGGUGGUAAAACUGCUAUUGACACACCCUUAGGUAAAAAUUUUAUUGGUGCUUUCCACCAACCUCAAUAUGUUUUCAUUGAUGUUUCAUUUUUAGAAACUUUACCAACCAGACAAUUUAUUAAUGGAAUGGCUGAAGUUGUUAAAACUGCUGCUAUUUGGAAUGAAGAAGAAUUUACUAGAUUGGAAAAUUUUGCGAAAACUUUCAUUGAUGUUGUAACUGCCAAAGACAUCAACUUAUCAACAAUUAAAGAUGACGUCGUUAAAACUGUUUUAGAAUCUGCCAGAGUGAAAGCUGAUGUUGUUUCCAGUGAUGAAAAAGAAUUAGGUUUAAGAAACUUACUUAAUUUUGGUCAUACUAUUGGUCAUGCUAUUGAAGCUGUUUUAACUCCAGAAGCUUUACACGGUGAAUGUGUCUCUAUCGGUAUGAUCAAAGAAGCAGAAUUGGCCAGAUAUUUGGGUGUCUUAUCACCUGUUGCUGUUGCCAGAUUAUCAAAAUGUCUCGCUGCUUAUAAAUUACCUAUUUCAAUUGAUGAAAAAUCUUUCUUAAAGAAAGUUGGUAACAAACGUUUAAAUAUCAAUUUAGAUAUCUUAUUGAAGAAGAUGUCUAUUGAUAAGAAAAAUGACGGUAGUAAGAUCAGAUGUGUUUUAUUAGAAAGUAUCGGUAAAUGUUAUCAAUUGAAGGCUCAUCAAAUUUCAAAACAAGAUUUAGGUUUUGUCUUAACUGACGAAACCAUCGUUCAUCAUUUCCAUGAAUCCUCGGUUCCUUCAUCAAAUGUUGUCAUCCCACCAGGUUCUAAAUCUAUUUCUAAUAGAGCUUUGGUUUUGGCUGCUUUAGGUUCCGGCACUGUUAAAAUCAAAAACUUGUUACAUUCCGAUGAUACUAAACAUAUGUUAGCUGCUGUUUCAUCAUUGAAGGGAGCUGAAAUUUCUACCGAAGAGAAUGGGGAAGUAUUAGUUGUGAAAGGUAAUGGUGGUGAAAUGGUAACUUCAAAUGAAGAAUUAUAUUUAGGUAAUGCCGGUACUGCUUCAAGAUUCUUGACUACCGUAGCUUCUUUAGUUGGUAUCAAUAAAGAUUUAAACGAAAAGUCAGUCAUUUUAACUGGUAACGCAAGAAUGCAAGAAAGACCAAUUGGUCCCUUAGUCGAUGCAUUAAGAGAUAAUGGUUCAAGCAUCGAAUACUUGAACAAGGAAGGUUCUUUACCAUUGAAAAUUGAAGCUGGGAAAGGUCUUAAAGGUGGAAGAAUUGAAUUAGCUGCCACUAUUUCCUCACAGUAUGUUUCAUCGAUUUUAAUGUGUGCUCCUUAUGCUCAAGAGCCUGUCACUUUAUCUUUGGUUGGUGGUAAACCAAUUUCUCAACUUUACAUUGAUAUGACUGUUUCAAUGAUGAAAUCCUUUGGUAUCGAAGUAACUAAAUCUACUACCGAAGACUAUACCUACCAUAUUCCAAAAGGCUCAUACAAGAAUCCUGAGGAAUAUGUUAUUGAAUCUGAUGCUUCUUCUGCUACUUAUCCUUUAGCUUUUGCAGCUUUAACUGGUACUUCUUGUACUAUUCCGAAUAUCGGUUCUUCAUCAUUACAAGGAGAUGCUAGAUUCGCCGUCGAUGUGUUGAAGCCAAUGGGUUGUAAAGUUGAGCAAACCACUCAUUCAACCACUGUUACUGGUCCUCCUGUUGGUUCAUUAAAACCUUUACCACACGUUGAUAUGGAACCAAUGACCGAUGCCUUCUUGACUGCUUCUGUUGUUGCUGCUGUUGCUGUUGAUGGUGACAAAUUCACUUCAAUUACCGGUAUCGCCAACCAAAGGGUUAAAGAGUGUAAUAGAAUCGAAGCCAUGAUGUCCCAAUUGGCUAAAUUUGGUGUCAAAACCAAAGAAUUGUCAGAUGGUCUCGAAAUUCAUGGUAUCGAUUAUAAGAAAUUGAAAUCUCCAACUGCUGAACUUGGUGGUGUACAUACUUACGACGAUCAUAGAGUUGCCAUGUCAUUCUCCUUAUUGGCAGGUUUAUGUCCCGAGCCAGUUUUAAUCUUAGAAAGGUCAUGUACCGGAAAAACAUGGCCAGGUUGGUGGGAUAUCUUACAUACCAAAUUCAAUAUUGAACUUGACGGUUUUGAACCUAAAGAAUCUCACGCUUCAGCUUCUAAGAAAUUAGAUAACAAGAGUAUCGUCAUAAUCGGUAUGAGAGCUGCUGGUAAGACUACCCUUUCCAAAUGGAUUGCCAACCAUUUAGGUUACGAUUUCAUCGACCUUGAUGAUGUUUUCGUUAGCAGACAUAAGGAUAUUAGAGAAUAUAUCAAAGAACAUGGUUGGGAACAAUUCCGUAAAGAAGAAGCCAUCAUCGCCAAAGAAUUUAUUAACGUCAAUAACAAAAGACAUGUCAUUUCAACUGGUGGAGGGAUAGUAGAAGACGAAGAAUCAAGAAAUUCUUUAAAGAAAUAUAUCGAAAAUGAGGGACUUGUCUUACAUUUACAUCGUGACAUCGAGGAGACAGUCACAUUUUUAUCAGCAGAUACCUCAAGACCUGCUUAUGUUUCUGAAAUCAAAGAAGUCUGGAAGAGAAGAGAGAAAUGGUACUUCGAAUGUUCUAACUAUCAUUAUUUCUCACCCCAUUGUGAUUCAAAAACUGAAUUCGAAAGUUUGAGAAAAGUUUUCCUCAACUUCAUCAACACUAUAACUGGUUCAUCAGCUAAGAAAUUACCUAAGAAGAAAAGUUAUGCUUUAGAUUUGAAAGUUUCUUCUGUUUUGUCAUUGAAGUGUAAAUUCGAAGAGACUUCAGUUGGUACAUCAGCUGUAAACUUCAACAUUGACUGCUUAGAAAACUAUGAUUCUGCCUCAAUUUGCUCCGAAAUUGCUCAUCUUAGAAUGUAUACCACAUUGCCAAUAAUUUUCAGUGUGAAAACUCAAUCUCAAGGAGGCAAAUUCAAGAAUGAAGAUUUAGAAAAACUUGAAGACUUAUACAAUUUAGCUUUCAAGUUAGGUGUUGAAUAUGUUGAUAUUCAAUUGGAUUUACCUAACGAGCUUAUUUCCAAAAUAUCCGGAAACAAAGGUCAUACAGGUUUAAUAACUUCUUACUAUAGUAAGAAUGGGUGGGAUUCUGUUGAAUGGAACAAUAAGUAUACUUUAGCUGUUUCAUUAGGUGCUAAUGCGGUGAAAUUAGUGAGUAUUGCUAAUAGUUUCAAGGACAAUGUUAUGUUGGAACAGUUCAAGCUUUCCCACGAUACCAUUCCUAUGGUUGCUUACAAUGAAGGAGAAUCAGGAAAACUUUCCAAAAUUACUAACACUUUGUUCACACCUGUUAGUCACGAAUCCUUAACUGCUGGUGUCACCAAUGAUCUUUUAACAGUUCAAAGCUGUAACAAGCUUUUUGCAGAAAUCGGUGGUUAUAAGGAAUUGAAAUUUUGGAUCACAGGUGAACCUGUCUCCCACUCAAGAUCACCUCCAUUACAUUCUGCAGGUUAUCAAAAAUUAGGAUUACCUUAUAAAUUUGAUAGAUUCGAAACUUCUGAUCCGGCAAAAGUUUUCAAAACUUUAGUUGAAAAUGUUGAAGACUUUGGAGGUUUAGCUAUUACAAUGCCAUUGAAGAUUGAUAUGAUGAAAUAUGCUGAUGAAUUGUCCAUCUCAGCCAAAACAAUCGGUGCCAUAAACACUAUGAUCCCUCUCGAAGGUAAACCUGGCAAAUACUUCGGUGAUAACACCGAUUGGUUAGGUAUCAAGAACUCUUUCGUCAGAGACGGUGUUCCUAAUAUUACUAACAUGCCUGUCAAUGGUCUUGUUAUCGGUGGUGGUGGUACCUCAAGAGCUGCACUUUUCGCUUUACACGAUAUGGGAUGUAAGAAAAUUUAUAUGAUUAAUCGUACAAUUUCCAAAAUCGUCGACAUUAAAGAUUCUUUCCCAUCAGACUUUAACAUUGAAAUCUUAGAGUCAAUCGAAGAUGCUGAAAAGUCUGAUCCUGUUUCCUUGGUAGUAUCAUGUAUCCCAGCUGAUAAACCACUUGAUGAUUCUUUGAGUGAAAAGAUUUCUGUCGUAUUGAAGAGAGGUAUUGAAACUAAGGUAGGUGAUUUCACUCCAUCUUUAGUGGAUGCAGCUUAUAAACCAAGAGUCACCCCAAUGAUGAAACUUGCUAAUGAAAAAUAUCAUUGGAAUGUAAUUCGUGGGGUUGAAAUGUUGGUCAAUCAAGGUGAAGAACAAUUUGAAAUCUUUACUGGUAUCAAACCUCCUUAUUCUGCUAUUCAUGAUGCAGUUUUAGCCUUAGAUUAA